CAACUCUUCGGACAGGAAACUAAGGACGUGUGUGGCUGCUGAUCUACCUGAGAUUACUGCCAAAUCACAUCACCUUCAACCCUCGACUUCAACGAAACUCUGUGACAAGUACAACACUAAAAAUCUUCACCAGAAAAAUUUUAGGAUUCUGGAUAAAAGAACAGCAGAGAAGAUGAUAAAGAUGAGGAUGAAAAUGACACCCAUUUCACAAUACCCACCAUGUCUUCGUCCUAAACCUCACCCACAUCCACACUGUCUUUUUCUUUCUUCUUACUCCCACCAUAAUCUAACCAAAUUCUCACCAAUUUCAAUCCAAAGAAUAUGAAUGAAUUUACCCACGAAAAAUAAAAUCAAAGAAUCCCACAAAAGUUUCAUUCUUUAAUGUUAUUUUGUAUGUGUAGAAAUCUAACACAUGUUGGCUUAAGAAGUAUAAAUUAGAUGCUGGUUUGUGGGUCUUUUACAGUAGAUGGUUAUAGAGAUGAACCACUAUCCAACCGCAACAAAUACGGCGUCGUAUUUCCAAUUUUGCCCAUCUGGGUACUUCAAAUUUGCCGAUUUUAGACGUGGGCAGAAGUUAUUUGGUGGUGUAUAUGGGUUAGUAGUGUUGCAGAAAAAGGAGUUACGCCGCCUUAAAUUUGUGGUUUCUGCAGAGUUUCAAAAGCCUUUUACGCUGAACUUUGGUUUGGAUUUUCAGACUUUUCAACCUCAUGAUGUGUCCCAACUGCGUUGGAUUGGCCCUGUUCCUGGAGACAUUGCAGAGGUGGAGGCUUACUGCAGGAUAUUUAGGGCUGCAGAAGUUCUACAUUCUACAUUGAUGAACGUUUUAUGUGAUCCUGUAACUGGUGUCUGUACAGUUUCAUACGAUUUCUCCUCAGAGGUGUUGGAAGAUAAGAUAGUUACAGUACUCGGAUGGAUGAUCUCUCUCUUAAAUAAAGGAAGGCAAGACGUUCUUUCUGGCAGGUCAUCACUUAUGACAUCCUUUCGUGUUGAAGAGAUAAACACUAUGGAGGACAAGCUGCCACCGCUUGCAAACUUCAGAGGUGAGAUCAAGAGAUGUUGUGAAAGUCUGCAUGUUGCGCUGGAGAAUUACUUAGCACCUGGUGAUGAUAAAAACCUUGAUGUAUGGAGGAAACUUCAACGCCUGAAAAACCUGUGCUAUGAUUUGGGCUUCCGGCGGGGGGAAGAGUGUCCCAGUCAUAUGUUGUUUGCCAAUUGGGUACCAGUAUCUAUGUCCACUAUCAAAGAAGACAUAAUGCCUACAGAUUCUGAUGUGGCUUUCUGGAGAGGUGGUCAGGUGACGGAAGAAGGUUUGAAGUGGUUAAUUGACAAAGGUUUCCGCACCAUUGUUGAUCUUAGAGCUGAGUCUGUGAAAGACAAUUUCUAUCAAGCUGCGAUAGAUGAUGCUGUUGGCUCUGGGAAGGUUGAGUUGAUUAAGUUGCCAGUUGAGAUUGGAACAGCACCUUCAAUGGAGCAGGUUGAGAAAUUUGCGUCUUUGGUAUCUGAUCCCUCCAGGAGACCCCUCUAUCUGCAUAGUAAAGAAGGCGUAUGGAGAACUUCAGCUGUGGUUUCAAGAUGGAGGCAGUAUGUGGCCCGCUGUGAGAAGCAGCUUGUUUCCAAUGGUUCCAUUUCUGCUGACGGAACUUUAGCGCAAGGAACAGAUGGAAUGUCUUCGAUUGAUACAUCUUUAACUGCAAAUGCGGAGAAAUUUCUGGAGGAUGGAAAAUCCUUGCUGGAUAUAAGAGAUUCCACAAGCACCCUUAAUGGGGUAUUGUCUAGUCAAGAUUCAGUAAUUAUUGAAAAACGUGUUCAGCUAACCAAGGGGGGAAGCAAUGAUCACCUUAAUAACAGUGAAUGUGUGCCAUUAACUGAACAUAAUUCUAGUUUGUUAGAGUCUGGUGCAACUGCAAAUAUUGACCCUUUCAUGUCACAACGUCCUCCCAGUAAUAUCUUGUCUAGAAAAGAAAUGUCCAAAUUUUUUGGUAGCAAAAAAGUUUCUCCUUCUGCUUUUGUAGACUUCCGACGGAAACGGUCAGAGUUGGUUCCUUCUCCAAAAAAAGCAUAUGCUAGUAGCAGUAAGAAAAUUGAGCAAGUCGGAAUGGAUUCUGUGGGAACUCUGAUGGAGAUUGAGAGUACAAAUGGUUCAUCUGGUAGCAAGGAUCUUUUUAAGCGUGGCCCACAAGAAGCUACAGGGAAUGGUACAACUCUAGCUUGCAGUGAUCGCAACUCUAGUGGUUCAAUUACUAAUAGGGAUAGGCCUCCCAUUACGACAAAUGAGCCUUUAACUAGUGUUACGAAAAAAAAUUUGGGCAAGGACAUGUCGGAAGCUACUGGGUCUAAUCAGAAGAAUAAUGGUCAUGUCUCUGUAGUUCCAGGAGAUAAGGGUGUGGAGGUAAUUGACGGAAACAUGUGUGCUUCAGCAACUGGUGUUGUUAGAAUACAGUCAAGAAAAAAAGCGGAGAUGUUCCUCGUUCGCACUGAUGGGUUCUCUUGUACAAGAGAAAAGGUGACAGAAUCAUCACUUGCAUUUACGCACCCGAGUACACAGCAACAGAUGCUUAUGUGGAAAUCUACACCAAAGACUGUCCUUUUAUUGAAGAAGCUUGGGCCAGAACUUAUGGAGGAAGCUAAAGAGGUUGCAUCUUUCUUAUAUCACCAAGAAAGGAUGAAUGUUCUUGUUGAGCCAGAUGUGCAUGAUAUAUUUGCAAGAAUACCGGGGUUUGGUUUUGUUCAAACAUUUUAUGGUCAAGAUAGCAGUGAUCUUCAUGAAAAGGUCGAUUUUGUUGCAUGUUUGGGAGGUGAUGGGGUGAUUCUCCAUGCAUCAAAUUUAUUUAGAGAUGCGGUGCCUCCGGUGGUGUCAUUCAACCUUGGAUCUCUUGGUUUUCUCACAUCCCAUAAUUUCGAAGGCUAUAAACAAGACCUUAGACAAGUUAUUCAUGGAAAUAAUACCACAGAUGGUGUUUAUAUAACACUGAGGAUGCGGCUUCGAUGUGAGGUUUUCAGAAAUGGCAAAGCAAUGCCUGGUAAAAUAUUUGAUGUGUUAAAUGAGGUGGUGGUUGAUCGUGGUUCAAACCCAUAUUUGUCUAAAAUUGAGUGUUAUGAGCAUGACAGACUUAUAACCAAGGUCCAAGGUGAUGGGAUUAUAGUGGCAACACCUACUGGAAGUACAGCAUAUUCAACAGCUGCAGGAGGUUCCAUGGUUCAUCCAAAUGUUCCCUGUAUGUUGUUUACCCCUAUUUGUCCACAUUCACUUUCAUUCAGACCGGUGAUACUUCCAGAUUCCGCACGGCUGGAAUUGAAGGUCCCAGCGGAUGCAAGGAGCAAUGCUUGGGUAUCCUUUGAUGGCAAGAGAAGGCAACAACUUUCUCGAGGAGACUCAGUACGAAUAUCGAUGAGCAAGCAUCCACUCCCUACUGUCAACAAGUCAGAUCAGACUGGCGAUUGGUUUCAUAGUCUGAUUCGUUGCCUAAACUGGAAUGAGAGGCAAGAUCAAAAGGCCCUUUGAAGCAUUCUCCAAUCUUAUCUGGUGACAGGUUCAUGUAAAUUGCUGUACAUAACUUUUCAUAUAAUCUGCAAAUAUCAUAAUUAUAGGGAUUAACAACACCAUCAAUUCCUCGGGUGGCCACGUCAUUUUUGACAUAAAUAUAUUUUUUGGAAGUCAUACUGUAUAUUGAUCAGUUCAUAUACAAUGCAAUAAAAAACACUUUUUUCCUCUCUUGA